AUCUCACUUUCUUGGCUUUGUCUCAGUUUGCACUAGCUGCCCGCCCGCUUUGUGUCUCUGCAAUACCGGGAGAUGUCCGCCUCUCUGGCGGGCGUUGGGCAAAGCUGAGGCAGUUCCCGGGGCCGAGCCCGGACCGCACCAUUAGAUGACUUGGCUGUCCUGAAAGAAUGAUGUCCAGUGUUCUAGGCUGGGUUCCGUGGCUAGGACACUGACUUGUCACAGCCGCUCUCCGUCCCUUCAGAUGGGAGCAUUAGGGGGAGUGCAUAAGAUAAAUAUGGACAAGCUCAAUAGUUGAUACUGUGAUUAAGGUUAUUUAAACCGUUACAGAUGGCCUCAGCCCAAUAAUUUCCUGUGGGUAAGAUUGCUUGACUCUCCUUCCCGGGGCCAUUGUUUUUAAGAUUGCCCAGUAGUAUAUGAUGAAUAAUAGUGUCUUAAGAAACUGAGCAGCAGGCUUAGAAGACACCUAGUAGAAACCUAGUCGAAGAAGCACAUUUGCAAGUUGGAGGCCGUGACAGAGCGGGAUGCCACUGUUUGGUCCAAGGGGAAGCUCCGAGAGCUCCUGGUGGGCCUUGCUGUGGAGAAUGAGGCUGGCCGAUGUGAGAUCAGUGAGAUGAAGCAGGUAGAAGGGGAGGCUUCCUGUAGCAGCCGCAAAGGAAAGCUUAUUUUCUUCUAUGAGUGGAACAUCCGGCUGACCUGGAAAGGUACAGUUAAAGAAUCUGGUGCAAAACACAAAGGAUUGAUCGAAAUACCCAGCCUUUCUGAGGAGAACGAAGUCGGUGACACCGAGGUGAACGUGAGUAAAAAAAAAGGAGAUGGGGACAUACUGAAGGAUCUUAUGAAAACUACAGGCACCGCCAAGGUCAGGGAGGCUCUUGGAGAGUACCUGAAGGCACUUAAGACGGAAUUUACAACAGGAAUGAUUUUACCAACAAAAGCUGUAGCAACCCAGGAACUGACUGUUGAGAGGAAACUGACUGGAAAUACUUUGCAGGUGCAGGCUUCUCCAGUGGCACUGGGUGUGAGGAUUCCGACUGUAGCCUUGCACUUGACGGAGCAGUUUGACACGACAGUAGAGCAGCUGUACAGCAUCUUCACCGUGAAAGACUUGGUGCAAAAAUUUUCCAAAUCUCCUGCUGUAUUAGAAGCUGAAAGGGGAGGGAAAUUCCAGAUGUUUGAUGGGAACAUCACUGGAGAAUAUGUGGAACUGUUAACAAACAGGAAGAUCACCAUGAAAUGGAGAUGCAGGAACUGGCCGGAAGGCUCCUGGUUUUUCCCCCCAGAACACUAUGCAACAGUUGCAUUGAAUUUUGUGCCUGCUCCAGGGCAAACGGAAUUACAAUUGGACUGUAAAGGAGUUCCUGUCUGUAAAGAAGAGAAUACAAAAUUCUGUUGGCAGAAGCAACACUUUGAAGAAAUAAAAGGUUUACUUCAGCUCACCACCCAGAAUGCUUGAAUUAGUUAGGUUUUAUAAGGACAUCCUUCUGUAAGCAGAAACCUGGCCUGUUUACUUACCUCUUCUUUCUUCCUCAAAGUCUCUUCCUCCAAGGUCCCUAAUUUAUUUUAUAUUGGAUGAAAUUCAUGAACCUACAGAAUUGAAAAAUACUGCUUGAAGCUUUACUGCACUGAGUAAAAUCAGGCAUCGUCUCACCUUCCAUGGCUGUUCCUCUCUGGAAAGUAGGUGAAGUCCAGUCCCCACAAGCUAAGGCUGGUCCCAACACACUACUUCACUGCUACAGUUGAUUUAAGCUUAAGACAAAUAAAUGGCAUGUUAUACUAUUUUGUUCUA